AUGGUGGAAUUCCAUGGAGAACUUGAUCCUCUGAGCCCCGGAGAAGAAGAAAUGGUGGAAGCAGAGCUGGAACGAGAAGAAGGAUCGGAAAAUAUCGGAUACGACGAGCUGAAGAGGCGGAUAUGGAAGGACAGGAUGCUAAUGCAGAAGCUUAAGGAGAAAGGAAAACACCUCGGAGAAGAUCAGACGCAAUCGUCGGAGAAAGAAGAGUCGUCGCGCAGGAAGAAAAUGGCCAGGGCUCAGGACGCCAUACUCAAAUAUAUGGUGAAGAUUAUGGAGGUUUGCAAAGCACAGGGCUUCGUCUAUGGGAUUGUUCCGGAAAAAGGGAAACCGGUCACAGGCUCAUCGGACAGCCUCCGAGAAUGGUGGAAAGACAAAGUCCGGUUCGACCAGUCCGUUCCGAACGUCAUCGCCGAUUUCUUACAGCCGGAAAUUACCGGUGAAGCUGGCGUGGUGGACCCCACCUCCUGCAUGCGGCUCCUUCAUGACGUACAGGACACAACUCUGGGGUCCCUCCUCUCCGCUCUGAUGCAACACUGCAUCCCACCGCAGAGGAGGUUUCCGCUGGAGAAGGGCUUGGCACCACCGUGGUGGCCCACGGGGAGGGAACUCUGGUGGGCGGAGCAGGGGAACACCGCCCAAGAGAACGGCCCUCCUCCGUACAAGAAGCCUCAUGAUCUAAAAAAAGUGUGGAAAGUCAGCGCGUUGACCGCGGUUAUGAAGCACAUGUCGCCGGAUUUUGAUCGGAUGAGGAGGUUGGUGAGCCAGUCCAAGUGUUUGCAAGACAAGAUGACGGCAAAAGACACCGCGAUUUGGUCGAAGAUCGUCAACAUGGAAGAAGCUAUUUCGCUGCUUACGAAGAAAUGCCUCACAAUCUCAUCAACAUCAAGCCCACAUCAAGAUGAUCAUCAUAAAGGCAAGAGAAAGAACGUGUUUGGGCGUACAAGCACCGUAAACACGGCGUCGUUUCUUUGCAAGAACAUUCUCUGUCCGCAGAGGGAAAUAGGACUCGGCUUUGUGGACAGAAACUCGAGGAGAGAUCAUGAAUCGGAGUGUGUUUACAAUGUGGAGAAGGAAAAGAUCAGUGACAAAGAAAGUAGUUAUAAAGAUCAGACGGCUGAUAUUUCCUUGCAGGAAAUUGAUCAAUUGCUCGUGGCUUCUUUGGCUGAUGAUCAUCAUGAUAAGGAAGGGUUCGUAAGUGUGUCUGAUUGGAUGGAUAUGGAGCUUGCCAAGGAAAAUUUUGGUAAUAAAAUAUUCAAGGAAGAAAGUGGAAGCUGGGGAGAUAUCCUUGAGAGUUUAGACUUGGAUGAAGGGUUUAGGAUUGAAGGCGAAAGGUCGGGUUCAAAUCGAAGCUCGAUUUUGCAGGAGAUUACACAUGAUGAUGAUCAAGAUGAUCAGCAAAGCUUGAGUGCUUCUGUGUGGGACAUGGCAUAUUAG